ACAGGAAGCCCAAAUCAGGAGGAAGACGAAAGAAGAGGAAUCCGGAAUGGCUCUUACUCAGGGACACUUGACAUUCAGGGAUGUGGCCAUAGAAUUCUCUCAGGAAGAGUGGCAGUGCCUGGACCCUGCUCAGAGGGCAUUGUACAGGGCUGUGAUGUUGGAGAACUACAGGAACCUGGUCUCCCUGGGAAUCUUCUUUCCUGACCUGACUGUUCACUCCAUGUGGGAGGAAGAGAAUGAGCCCUGGACUAUGGAGCAUGAAAUAAAAACAGCCAGAAAUUCAAUCCAGGAUGAAUGGAUCAAAGGUGUGCACUCAGGGAGGAGUUGUGUAUUGGCAAUGGAAGCAAGAUACAAACUUAUUAAAUAUCAACAUGGAUUAAGCUUUCGCUCCCAUCUUCCUGAACAGCAACUAUUUCAAGAUGAAGGGAAAAUUGAUGAAUGCAAUGAAACUGAAAACGGUCUCAUCCAUAUUACCCCACAUUCACCACUUGAAAACACUCCUUCUAAGCUCAAAACCCACAUGCUUAAUAAAUAUCAGAAUGAAAAAAAAAAUAAAUAA